AUGGCUCAGAAAGCUGGAAUUUACCAAUGGUUUAGUCUAAUAGGAAAUCUUGUAAAUCAUCAGAGAAUUCACACAGGAGAGAAACCAUUUUUGUGCUCAGAAUGUGAUAAAUCUUUUAGUCAGAAAUCAUAUCUUGUUAAACAUCAGAGAGUUCACACAGGAGAAAAACCAUUUUUAUGCUCAGAGUGUGAGAAGAGAUUUAGUCUGAAAAAAUAUCUUGUAAAGCAUCAGAGAAUUCACACAGGAGAGAAAGCAUUUUUAUGCUCAGAAUGUGAUAAGUGUUUUAGUCAGAAAUCAGAUCUUGUUAGACAUCAGAAAAUUCACACAGGAGAGAAGCCAUUUCCAUGCUCAGAAUGUGAUAAGUGUUUUAGUCUAAUAGGAAAUCUUGUAAAUCAUCAGAAAAUUCACACAGGAGAGAAACCAUUUUUGUGCUCAGAAUGUGAUAAAUGUUUUAGUCAGAAAUUAAGUCUUGUUAAACAUCAGAGAGUUCACACAGGAGAAAAACCAUUUUUAUGCUCAGAAUGUGAGAAGAGAUUUAGUCUAAAAAAAUAUCUUGUAAAUCAUCAGAGAAUUCACACAGGAGAGAAACCAUUUUUAUGCUCAGAAUGUGAUAAACGUUUUAGUCAGAAAUCAAGUCUUGUUCAACAUCAGAGAAUUCACACAAAAGAGAAGCCAUUUACAUGUACAGAAUGUGAGAAGUGUUUUAGUCAGAAAUCAGGUCUUGUUAACCAUCAGAGAACUCACACAGGAAAUAAACCAUAUUCAUGCUCAGAAUGUGAGAAGAGAUUUAGUCUGAAAAAACAUCUUGUAAAUCAUCAGAGAAUUCACACAGGAGAGAAACCAUUUUUGUGCUCAGAAUGUGAUAAAUGUUUUAGUCAGAAAUCAAGUCUUGUUAAACAUCAGAGAGUUCACACAGGAGAAAAACCAUUUUUAUGCUCAGAAUGUGAGAAGAGAUUUAGUCUGAAAAAAUAUCUUGUAAAGCAUCAGAGAAUUCACACAGGAGAGAAACCAUUUUUAUGCUCAGAAUGUGAUAAACAUUUUAGUCUGAAAAAAUAUCUCGUAAAUCAUCAGAAAAUUCACACAGGAGAGAAACCAUUUUCAUGCUCAAAAUGUGAUAACUGUUUUAGUCAGAAAUCAGAUCUUGUUAGACAUCAGAAAAUUCACACAGGAGAGAAGCUAUUUUAAUGCUCAGAAUGUGAUAAGUGUUUUAGUCUAAUAGGAAAUCUUGUAAAUCAUCAGAGAAUUCACACAGGAGAAAAACCAUUUUUGUGCUCAGAAUGUGAUAAAUGUUUUAGUCAGAAAUCGAGUCUUGUUAAACAUCAGAGAGUUCACACAGGAGAAAAAACAUUUUUAUGCUCAGAAUGUGAGAAGAGAUUUAGUCUGAAAAAAUAUCUUGCAAAGCAUCAGAGAAUUCACACAGGAGAGAAACCAUUUUUAUACUCAGAAUGUGAUAAGUGUUAG